UUGACUUUCACUCUUCGCCAAGGGCUUGCAGAACACCUUAAAGGAAAAAGAUGGAGGCGCUGAGAGUUCAGAUGUUCAUGCCCUGUGCCUUUGAGAGCUUGCAUCUCAGUUCCGAGGAGCAUCCUGGGGCCUCCAAGCCUCCGCUAAGCUCCUCCAGCAUGACAUCACGUAUCUUGCUACGCCAGCAGCUCAUGCGUGAGCAGAUGCAGGAGCAGGAGCGCAGGGAGCAGCAGCAGAGGCUGCAGGCGGCCCAGUUCAUGCAGCAGCGAGUGCCUGCGAGUCCGACGCCAGCCAUCAACGUCAGCGUGCCCACCACCCUUCCCUCUGCCGCCCAGGUGCCCAUGGAAGUCCUUAAGGUGCAGACCCACCUCGAAAACCCCACCAAGUACCACAUACAGCAAGCCCAAAGGCAGCAGCCUGGCGAUCAUGUCAUGCCACCAGUGCCGGGGAGCAGCGCACCCAACAGCCCCAUGGCUAUGCUCACACUUAACUCCAACUGUGAAAAAGAGGGAUUUUAUAAGUUUGAAGAACAAAACAGGGCGGAGAGUGAAUGCCCAACAAUGAACACACACUCCCGAGCGUCCUGCAUGCAGAUGGAUGAUGUUAUCGAUGACAUCAUUAGCCUAGAAUCAAGUUACAAUGAAGAAAUCCUGAGCUUGAUGGAUCCUGCCUUGCAAAUGGCAAAUACGUUACCUGUCUCCGGAAACCUGAUUGACCUUUAUGGCAAUCAAGGACUGCCCCCCCCUGGCCUCACCGUCAGCAACUCCUGUCCAGCCAACCUUCCCAACAUAAAAAGGGAGCUCACAGCGUGUAUUUUCCCCACAGAGUCGGAAGCGAGAGCGUUGGCUAAAGAGAGACAAAAAAAGGACAAUCACAACCUGAUUGAACGAAGAAGAAGAUUUAACAUAAAUGACCGCAUUAAAGAACUAGGUACAUUGAUUCCCAAGUCCAAUGAUCCGGACAUGCGCUGGAACAAGGGCACCAUUUUAAAAGCGUCCGUGGACUACAUCCGGAAGCUGCAGCGGGAGCAGCAGCGGGCAAAAGAGCUGGAGACGCGGCAGAAGAAGCUGGAGCACGCCAACCGGCACCUGCUGCUCCGCAUUCAGGAACUUGAGAUGCAGGCUCGAGCGCAUGGCCUUUCCCUUCUUCCGUCCUCGGGCCUCUGCUCUGCGGACCUGGUGAAUCGCAUCAUCAAGCAGGAGCCCUCCCUGGAGAACUGCAGCCAGGACCUGCCGCCACGCCACGCAGACCUCACCUGCACCAGCACCCUCGACCUCACCGACGGCACCAUCAGCUUCAGCAGCAGCCUCGGCGCCGGCACCGAGGGCAGCCAGGCCUACGGUGUCCCCACGAAAAUGGGCUCUAAACUGGAAGACAUCCUGAUGGACGAUACUCUUUCUCCUGUUGGCGUAACGGAUCCACUGCUUUCGUCGGUGUCCCCGGGAGCUUCCAAAACCAGCAGCCGGCGGAGCAGCGUGAGCAUGGAGGAGCCCGAGCACGCGUGUUAGCAGCCCCGCGCGCCUCCUUCUCCAGGAGAUUCCACAACUGACCUGAGGGGUUUUCUUGAUAAUUUUCCUUUAAUAUGAAUUUUUUUCAUGCUUUCUCAAUAGCCAAGGAUAUAUUUUAUUUUUAGAAUUUUGUGAAGCGGACCUGUAUACUCUAUUUUGCAACUAUAAAUGCCUCCAAAGUAUUGUACAAUAAGCGUACAGAACCUGUGAACGGAACUCACCCUGGACGCCAGCUUCCUGAGCGAGAGGAUUUUCAUCAGAGAAAUUUCUGUCCACUGUUAUUUGGGGAAGCAAGUUGGAGAUUUUUAUGCCUGUGACUUCCUUGGAAAUUAAAUGUAAAGUUUAAUCAGAGGAAUAUAAAGCAACCAAAAUAAAUAAAAUAAAAGUAGAGACAGACAGACUGACAGACAAAAGAAAAGAAAAAUUUCACACUAACCUUUUCCAUUUUGUAAAUGUGUUCAUUGGUACUGCCUUAAAGAUACAGUACCCUCUAGCAUCAGUCUUUAUACUGCACACUAUUUCAAGAAAUGCUAUAUUCUGCAAAAGAAAAAGAUGCAGCCAUUUUCAUGAGGAGUGUCUGGUGAGAAAAAUAGCUGAUGUGUUACCGCUGAAUUGCGAGGACGGAGUAGGGCUCUGAAACCGAGCUUGGCCUCACCCCUGCUGCUCUGGUCCUCACCAAUGAGUGUGAGUCAGUGUUUCUAGGACCUAUUUUACUUGGAAUGAAAAUGAAUGUCCUCUCAUAGUAAGACAUUGAGGAGCACUGAAUGUUUUACUCUUUUUUCUUUAAUUUUGCUUUUGAUAAGAAAACCAAACAGCACAUUUCUAAUUGGCUUUACUAUUUUUAUUUUUAAAUUAUGUUUUACUGUUCGUUGAGUUGUACAGAUUCUUUAUUAUCAUUGUUCUUUUCAGUAUGUUUGUAUUAAUUUGUAAGAAUAUGCAUCUUAAAAUGGCAAGUUUUCAAUAUUUUUACAACUCACUGAUGGUUUUCUGCAUUAUUUGUACACACAUGGAAGAAAACUUUCACGCAAGGUCUUGUGUUUCAAGAGAGCUUUGCGAAUAUUUUGUAUAUUACAGUCUCACUCAGAACUGUUUUUCCACACAUUUAAGGUGUAGUAUUAAUAGGUAAAACUGGCCUUCUAGGGAGAAUAAACUUACAUAUUUAUUUUUAAUGAUAUAAAAAUAGCAAUAUUCUUGGAGACUGGUAACCAUAGUAUUAAUACGCCCAUUAUGGUCAUUUAAAUUGAGGUUUAUUUCAGCAAGCGUGCUGAACUUUUCUAAGGAGAGAGAUAGUGUACUGGCAAAUGACUGGUACUUGGUAGCACUGCUUUGCCGAGCGGCAGUGCCAUCCAGGCAGCUGCUGUCUGGUCAGCUCCCGUGCCUGGGUGCGUGCGGUCUUGCGUGGUAGCAGCAGUGGCCCCGCACUCUGUCGGGCGAGGUGUCACACAGGCAUGGGGUCAGGAGUCAGGCUGUUGAGUGGACCGUCUCAGCAGCAUGUACAGUUGAAUAGCCGGUGGCAUCAAGCACACCCAUCCGGAAUGAAGUGCCUUACACGGAGCAACAGCCGCUUCGGACUGAGCUGGCUGAGCUGGGCUGUGGGAGACUUUCCUGCUGGUCUCAUUGAGAACAGCGUGCGGCAUGGUGCCUCUGUGGACAGUGUCAGAGCUUCCAGUUCUCCUUCAGAUAUUUUUAAUAUUAAAUAUAUUUUAGUGACA